CCAGAGGCAAGCGCAUGAGGAUGUGUGUUUCACGUCUAUGUGUGAAAGCCGGCAGCUGCCACUUCCGCCUCCUAUAGACUUAACAUAGAAACAUUAGGCUUAUCACCAAAAAGGGCUUGACUUUUUGCUCAACCCAGUCCAGGUCUGUUCUCACUGUUGCACUGAUGUUCCUUAGAAUGGAACCGAUUCCAAAACUUGUCGCUGGUCUUCUCCUGCUGGUGUUAUGUGUGGUGGGCUGCUCUGGCCAACACUGGUCCUAUGGACUGCGUCCUGGGGGAAAGAGAAAUGCUGAAAAUUUGAUUGAUUCUUUCCAAGAGCUAGCGGAAGAGCUUGAUCAACCAGCAAAACCUCAGCGCUUGGAAUGCACAAUCCACCAGCCCCGACCUCCCCUCAGGGACCUGAAAGGAGCUCUGGAAAGUCUGAUUGAAGAGGAAAGGCAGAAGAGGAUUUAAAUCCGCUGAACCAGAGCGACUGACAACACAAGUGUAAUUCUGAUAUUGAAACUUGUGACUCAUUUGACAUCUUUAAAUUGUGCGAAUUCCAGAUAUGCUUAUGCUAAACUCACAUAUUUAUGGUGAACUACAGUGUUGUGAAUAAA